CACUCUAGAGAUCCACUUGUACUGGGCGGGGAAAGGAACUACUGCUAUUCCUGACAGAGGUGUUUAUGGACCUCUUAUAUCUGCCAUUACUGUGACACCAAACUUCAAUGUCGAUACUGGCGGGUUGUCUGUUGGAGCAAUUGUUGGCAUUGUAGUUGGAUCGUUUGUUGGUGUCCUUUUUAUUUUGGUGGCACUUUGGAAGAUGGGUUUCUUGGGGGGAAAGGGCAUCGAAGAUCCAGAACUACGUGGAUUGGAGUUGCAAACAGGUUACUUUUCACUAAGACACAUUAAAGCUGCUACCGGUAACUUUGACUCUGCAAAUAAGAUAGGUGAAGGAGGUUUUGGGCCGGUUUACAAGGGGGUACUAUCAGAUGGUCGUGUGAUUGCUGUUAAGCAGUUGUCAUCCAAAUCGAAGCAAGGGAACCGUGAAUUUAUAACCGAGAUAGGCAUGAUAUCUGCAUUACAACACCCGAAUCUUGUGAAGCUUUUUGGUUGCUGCAUUGAAGGCAAUCAAUUGAUGCUCAUAUAUGAAUACUUGGAAAACAAUAGUCUUGCUCGCGCACUUUUUGGUUCCAAGGAACAGCAGCUACACUUGGACUGGCGAACAAGACAGAAGAUAUGUUGGGGGAUCGCAAGGGGGUUAGCUUAUCUUCAUGAGGAGUCAAGGUUGAAAAUAGUUCAUCGCGAUAUAAAGGCAACAAAUGUGCUGCUUGAUAGGGAUCUAAAUGCUAAGAUAUCUGACUUUGGUUUGGCAAAACUUGAUGAAGAAGAGAACACCCAUAUCAGCACACGCAUAGCCGGAACAGU